ACUUCCUCCAUUGGUGGUUUGAGAUUCCAGCAACUCAUUAAACCUCUCCAGUUAAUUUCUAUUAACUCCGUAUUGUCAAAUCGAGACGCUGCAAAAUAUCUAAACAAGUAAGAACAAACUUUAUCUGCUGUUAAAGCGAUAAGUCGUUAUUUCAUUCAAGAUGUCUUCUUAUGAAGAGAAUGAGUCCAAGUUUAUGCGAAAAGCAAAGGAGAAUCCAUUUGUCCCAGUGGGGAUGGCUGGAUUCUUCGCCAUUGUUGGUUACAGACUGCUGAAAUUGAAAAGUCGUGGAGACACAAAAAUGUCAGUGCACUUGAUCCAUAUGCGUGUAGCUGCCCAAGGCUUUGUUGUCGGAGCCAUGACUGUUGGGGUCCUGUAUUCAAUGUACAGGGACUACAUUGUAAAACCCAGAGAACAGAAGGCAGUGGAACACAAGUGAACAUGGACUUAUACACUUGAUAUCUUAUGUCCCUUAAUAUUGCCUCAUAUUAAGGUGUGUCAACAUUUAUUUUUACAGAUGUGUUAUAUCUUUUGUAUGUGCACCUCUCUUCAGUAGCCCACUCUUAUUGUAAAUAGUUAUAACUUAGUUAUAGUUAUAACUCUCCCCACAUUUGCCUGGUUUUCCACCCAGUUCUCCAGUUUCCUCCUACCAUCGAAGACAUGCAUAAUAGGGUUAAUACCCUUUUCAGUGCCCCUGACUAACUGGCACAGAGAACUGGAAUUCCGAGUGUGUGUGCAUAGGAUGGGUUGAAUGUGAAAGAUCAGUUUCUACACAGGUAUUAAUAAUAAUGUACAUUAAUAAAUACACCUCUUACAGUAUCCUCUUAAUAGUAUACCAGAGGCUCUAGCUAUCACCUCUGUAUUGAGAAGGGGUAUUGAACUCAACUGUUUUGACACUGUGUUUUUGCAGCUGUAAAUCUAGUUGGUUUUGAUAUGUGUGAGCAGAUGGCUUUAUUAAAAGGAUUUAGUUGCCUUGGAUUUUGAAAGGUGUGCAAGUGCAAUAUAAAAAACUUUAAAAUCUUCCACAUAAUUUGAAAACAUAAUAUCUAGGCUAAGCCUAGAUUUAAAUA